AUGACCCCAGAGCCCAUUGCCGUAAUCGGUAGCGCCUGUCGCUUCCCCGGUGACCUGACGACGCCCUCCAAGCUAUGGGCCUUCCUCUCCAAGCCCCAUGAUCUUCAAUCCGAAGUCCCAAAAGACCGCUUCAAUAUCGAUGCCUUCCAUCACCCCGACGGUAGCCACCACGGGCGCACCAAUGCUCGGCACGGCUACUUCCUCUCGGACAUCAAGACAUUUGACGCCCAGUUCUUCAAUGUCCAGGCCGGUGAGGCUGAGAGCAUGGACCCGCAGCAGCGGCAGCUGCUGGAGACCACAUAUGACGCCUUGUGCGACGCUGGGCAAACGCUCACGGAACUAAAGGGAUCCGAUACGGCCGUCUACGUCGGAAUCAUGACGCAUGAUUUCGAGCUGACGAAGGUUGGGGACUUGGAUGCGAUUCCGACGUAUCUGGCUACCGGUGCCGCCACGAGUAUCGCGAGUAACCGCUUGAGUUAUUUCUUUGAUUGGCAUGGGCCGAGUAUGACGAUCGAUACAGCGUGCAGCUCGUCGCUAGUUGCCAUUCAUCAUGCUGUCCAACAGCUGCGGAGUGGUAUAAGCAAGGUUGCCGUUGCGGCUGGGGCGAAUUUGAUGCUCUCGCCUUUAAACUUCAUCACGGAAAGUAAGCUGUCCAUGCUCUCACCGACAGGGAGGUCACGCAUGUGGGAUGCUGCGGCGAACGGAUAUGCAAGAGGGGAGGGAAUAGCAUGCAUCGUCCUCAAAACCCUCUCCCAGGCCCUCGCCGACGGCGACACAAUCGAUUGCCUGAUUCGCGAGACAGGCGUCAGCCAGGAUGGCAGGACAACUGGCAUAACCAUGCCGAGCAACGUGGCACAGGCGGCGUUGAUUCGCGCUACUUACGCACGCGCUGGGUUGGAUCUGAGCAGACCUGAGGGGCGACCGCAGUUCUUUGAGGCGCAUGGAACCGGCACGCCGGCAGGCGACCCUCAAGAAGCCGAAGCCAUAGCGACCGCUUUCUUUCCCGACACGACAAAGAACGUGCAGGACCUCUACGUGGGAUCUAUCAAGACGGUCAUCGGCCACACAGAGGGCACGGCAGGCAUUGCAGGCUUGCUCAAGUGCAGCCUGGCUGUGCAGAAUGGUAUCGUGCCGCCGAAUAUGCUACUCGAAAGACUCAACCCGCGCGUCGAGCCGUUUUGCGAGCAUCUGCGUGUCCCCAAGGAGGCAACACCGUGGCCGGCUCUCGCUGAAGGGCAGCCGAGGAGGGCUAGCGUUAAUUCUUUUGGUUUCGGAGGCACAAACGCCCACGCUAUCAUCGAGGAGUACAUUCCCUCCUCUAUUUCAACCUCCACCAACGGCAACUCAACCAUUGUGCUGCCGCUGGUGUUUUCGGCGCGUACGAAACGCUCCCUCAAAUCCAACAUGGGAAGCAUUCUGUCCCUCAUCAGAGAGACACCGAAUGUCAACAUCACAGACCUCGCAUGGACGCUUCUCCACAAACGAUCCGUCCUCCCUCUGCGUCACGCCAUCGCAGCUAGCAGCGUCGAAUCCCUCCGCGUAGCUCUGGAAGCGGCCAUUGAGGGCGACUUGGGGCUAGAGUAUACGCCCAAAACUACCGGCACAGUUCGCAUCCUCGGCAUCUUCACAGGCCAGGGCGCGCAGUGGCCCGCCAUGAUGAAGCAGAUGAUAGUGCGCGUCCCCCUCGUGGAGGCCAUUGUCGAUGAGCUUGACACGGCACUGCAAACCCUUCCCGAGCAGUACCGGCCUGCCUGGAUACUCAAGGAACAGUUGCUUCUGGAAGGGGAAGCGUCCAACGUGCGUUUGGCUGCCUACUCACAGCCCCUUUGCGCGGCGGUCCAGAUCGUUCUUGUCAGGUUGCUGUCCGCGGCUGGCCUUCGGUUUAAGGCGAUUGUUGGCCAUAGUUCCGGCGAGAUAGGCUGCGCGUUCGCAGCGGGCUUCAUCAGCGCAAGGCAGGCCAUUCGUGUUGCAUACCUGCGCGGUUUCACGUCGUGCCACGCAGCCUCCCCCACCGGACAAGUGGGCGGCAUGUUGGCGGCGGGUAUGUCCCUUGAGGAUGCGCGGGAGUUGGUCGAGCUCGAGGCGUUCGAAGGCCGCGUGUGCGUCGCGGCGUGCAACUCGCCCGACAGUGUUACCCUCUCUGGUGACAUGGACGCCCUUGAAGAGGUAGUGGAGAUCCUUCAGGACGAGUCCAAAUUCGCGCGUCUGCUACGUGUGGACAAGGCCUACCAUUCCCAUCAUAUGCUCCCUUGUUCAGACCCGUAUAUAACCGCCCUUAACGAGUGCGGUUGUGCUGUGGCCGACGGGACUGACACAGGGGUCAAGUGGUACUCCUCCGUGCGUGAUGGUAAGAUCAUGACGAUGGCCGACGUCACGCCGCAGUACUGGCGGGAUAACCUUGUCUCGCCCGUACGCUUCCGUCAAGCGCUGGAGCAGGCAGGGUUGGAGGUGACGUUAGACGCCGCUGUGGAGAUCGGUCCGCACCCGACACUCCAAGCCCCCGCGAAGAAUACGCUGGCUACCGUUAUGACGGAUGAGAUGCCGUAUACCGGGUGCCUGCAGCGCGGCAGCGAUGACCUGGCCGCGUUCGCCGCGUGUCUGGGGUACAUCUGGGAGCGGUUUGGUGCGCUCAACGUCAUCAACGGCACCACUUUCGUCGCCGCAACGCAAUCCGGCGUGCCGGUCCUCGACAUCUCUAAGCAGCUCCCGCCCUACGCGUGGGACCACUCGCGCGUCUACUGGUCGGAAUCCCGCGCGGCCAAGGCAGCGCUUCACGGCCCACGCCCGCACCUCAUGCUCGGCACACUGCUGCCCAGCAGCACGGCCACCACCCUCCAAUGGCGGAACUUCAUCCGGCCAAGAGAUCACGAGUGGAUGCAGGGACACGAGCUCCAGGGCCAGGCGGUACUCCCCGCCGCAGGCUAUGUGGUCAUGGGAAUGGAGGCAGCGCUGUAUCUUGCUGCCGGGAGAAGCGUGGCGUUGGUGGAGAUGCUGGACCUGAGCAUUGAUAAAGCCAUUACGUUUGAUGACGCGGACAGCAUGGCGGAACUGAUGCUUACUGCGAGCGUUACGUGCUCUAAUGAUGCGCAGAUCGAGCUGGAGUUCGGGAUUGCCUCUUGUCUGUCUCGCGAGUCGUCACUGUUCCUGUCUGCGCGCGGUCGGAUCAUCGUCGCCCUAGGAGAGCCCGCGGUGCUCCCCGAGCCGGGCCCGGCACCAUCGCACGCCAACCCUGUCGACAUCAAGCUGUUCUACAAAGAGCUCGACAGCAUUGGCUAUGACUACAGCAACAACUACCGAUGCGUCUACAGCAUGACGCGUAGCACAUCACGGGCGUCCGGCCACAUGGCACACCCGCGGCUGGUCGAUGGUGCGAACCCCAUUGUUCUGCACCCCGCGAAUCUCGACUUGGCCUUCCAGACUGUCAUGGGCGCCUACUCCUCUCCCGGCGAUAAGCGGAUGCGUUCGCUGUACGUUCCGACGCGGGUUGGUCGGAUCGCACUGGUGCCGGCCGUGUGUGCCAGCACGCUGGACUCGCUCGAAGGUGUGCGGUACAAUGCGGUCAACACCUACGACGGCGGUGACUACCUCUCGGGCGACGUCGAGGUGUUCGACAAGGAGAGCAAUGCGGUGCUGUACAGCGUCGAAGACAUGCACCUCAAGCCGCUGACACCGCCGUCCGCAUCCGAGGACCACAGGCCCUUCACCAAGACGGUUUGGGGCCCGCUAAACCCAGACAAGAUUCUUGAUAUCGAAAGGCUGUGGGCCACGGAGCAGGAUAAGGAGGCAAUUCCCAUUAUUGAACGGGCCGUCUACUACUUUGUCCGUAAGUUCCUGUCCGAACUGACGGAGGAAGAUAGGAAGAACGCGAGUGUGGGCAACCAGCGGUAUAUCUACUGGCACGAGCAUGUUCUCAAGCUGGCCAGGGACGGCAAACAUUUGUUUUACAAGCCCGAGUGGGAACAAGAUACCGAAGAAAGCAUCGACAAGCUGGUCCAGGCACACUGGUACCAUCCCCACCUGCGGCUGGCCAAGCUGGUCAGCGAGAACAGCCUGUCUACGAUCCGGGAGAACAAGAACCCGUUCAUCUGGAUGAAUGCGAACGGACUUUUGACGGAAUUCUACACAAGCUACCUGACCAGCGGCCCGACAUGGGAGUACGGGCAGCAUUUGAUUGGCCAGAUUGCGCACCGGUUCCAAAACAUGGACAUCCUAGAGAUCGGUAUGUUUCCCUUGAGCUCUGCAACAGCCUCGAUCCUCGCGAUCCCGGAGCUCGGCUUUAACAGCUACACUUUUACCGACAUCUCGGCUGCCUUCUUCGAGAAAGCAAAGGAGAAAUUCGCCCCCUUCCUUGACCGCAUGGAAUUCCGCAAGCUUGAUAUAUCUAAACCGCCUGCGGAGCAGGGCUUCAAGACCCACGCGUACGACAUGGUCGUUGCGAGCUCCGUGUUGCACGCUACGCCAAACCUGACCGAGACCAUGGCCAACGCCCGCACGCUGUUGAAGCCUGGUGGGCACGUGGUUAUCUGUGAAGCCACGAAUAAGGACCAUAUGCGUGUCGGCUACUUGUUUGGUUUGUUUGCCGAUUGGUGGGCGGGUAUUGACGAGGGCCGCACGCUGGAUCCGUUUGCUACCCGCGAAGAGUGGGAUGCUAUUUUCAAGAAUACCGGCUUCUCGGGGAUUGACAGCGUCACCACCGACCGCGAGAGCCACCUCUUCCCCAACACCUUGCUCAGCACGCACGCCAUAACGCCCGAGCAAGCACGCCUCGACGAUCCCCUCUCCGCUCCGCCCAAGCCGCAAUACCCACAACUCGUCAUCGUAGGUGGCGGUGGCGCGGCAUCUGCUCCCAUCUUGAACAAGAUCUGUGAGAUGCUACCGGGCCGUGACCCGCUCGUCGUCCCCAGCUUGGUCGAAUUGGCGUCCGUCGAAGUGCAGCCCAAGGCAACGUACGUGAUCCUCUCGGAGGUUGACAGCCCCAUAUUUGAGGAGUUGGCCGAGGAGGAGCUCGCUGCUAUUAAGAAACUGUUCUUCGGGUCUCAAGCGGGCGGGAUCUUCUGGCUGACCGAGGACGCCUGGGUUUCGAACCCGCGCCAGGCGAUGGGAAUCGGUAUGCUAAGGUCUGUCAGGUUGGAGAACCCGGAUGUUGCUUUCCAGUGCCUUGAUGUGGACCGGCUAGAGGACCUGGACUUCCAGUUCCUGGUCGAGCAGAUUCUGCGCCUUGAAGAGGGCACGCCAGAGAACACGGUCUGGACGCUCGAGCCGGAGAUCUGUGUCGUGAACGGCCGGCCCCAAGUGCCGCGUAUCAAGCAGGACACUGCUCGAAAUGACCGGCUCAACUCUGUCCGCCGUCCGAUCCUUGAUGCUGUCGACGCCAACGUCGUCCCCGUGGUGCUGCAGAGCACUUCACCCCCAGUCCUGGUCGUCAAGCAGACAUCCCGACCCCUGGGUGUGCCACGAGAUGCAGCCAAGCAGACGAUCCGCGUGCACCAUGCCACCGUCAAGGCUAUCCGCGUGUUCGCACUGGGGUACUUCCACAUCGUCACCGGCACGACGGCCGACGGCGCUGUGCUGGCCUUGGCGGAGGUUCACGCGUCUAUCGUUGACGUGCCGGUCAAGCACAUCUUUCCUGUCGCGGAUACCUCGGUCAACACCCUGUUAUCUGCCGUUGCAAAGUUGAUCGCGCAGGGCGUAGUCAAUACGCCGCCGGGCACAUCGACACUGGUGUACGACCCGCCGAGGUUCUGCCUGGACGCAAUUAAGCAAAUCGCGGAGACUAGUAAUGUGCGUGUCCACGUUGCUACUGCAGAUGCCUCAUUGUCUCAGGCUGUUGUACUCCAUCCUCGCGAUACUGAGAGGGCGCUGAAGCAGAAGAUUCCAAGUGGUAUUGCGGCUCUGUACGAUCUGUCCUCCAACAAGCAUGCCGCGUCGCUCGGCCCACGACUGGCCCGUAUGACUGGUUGCACUGCACGGGACUUGAGCUACGUCUGCCGCGCCGAAGCAGCGGCAUUUAUUUACUCGGACGCCACGGAAGCAAGUCAGCUGCAGCUCGUCGCCGAAUCCAUCCACAACAUCUCGGCUCUGGAUGCAGAAACUAUCGCCUCCUGCCCCGUCAACAAGCCCACCGACGCGCAAGACGCCCCGUACGCAGUAGUCGACUGGCAGAUGGAGUCCGGAGCCCCCGCACGCCUUAGCCCCGUGGACGCCGGCACCCUCUUCUCCAGGAACAAGACGUACCUCCUCGUCGGACUUUCGCAGUCAAUGGGGCGUUCGAUCGCAGCUUGGAUUAUCAGCCAUGGCGGGCGGCAUGUCGUGCUGUCAAGCAGAAAUCCCGAGAAGCCUGAGUCCGGUUGGGUUGAGGAUAUGGAGAGGCUGGGCGGAAAGAUUACCGUGCUCGCCAUGGACGCGUCCAACGAACAAUCCGUCGAUGGCGGGCUCGCCACUCUUCGCGACGUACACAACCUGCCGCCGGUGGGCGGUGUGGCGUACGGCCCGCUGGUGCUCAAGGACGCACUGCUGAACAACAUGGACUUGGCGACGAUGGACAUGGUGCUCAAGUCCAAAGUCCCCGGAGCCAAGAUCUUUCACGACCGGUUCUGCGAUCCGAACAACGACCCGCUUGAUUUCUUCGUCAUGUUCUCGAGUGCCGCGUUGUUUGGUGGUAACCCAGGCCAGACGAAUUACACCGCUGCCAACGCGUAUCUCCAGGCGCUUGGGCAGUAUAGACGAAGCAAGGGCCUCGCUGCCUCCACAAUUCACAUCGGCGCGGUCAUGGGUAUCGGCUACCUAACCCGCAACAGCCGCGAAGCCGAGUUUCAACAAAAAUCCGACGUCGACACCCUCGGCGAAGCCGAAUUCUUAACCUUGUUCGCCGAGGCAGUUGUGUCGGGCCGCCGGGUUGCUGGCGUCAAUGGCGUGCACGCCGAGAAGGUCAUUGACAUGUCAGAGACGGAGAUUGGCAGCGGUAUUCCCGCGCUGGAGUCGCGGCAUAAGGAGACGAUCAAGUUCUACAACGACCCGAGAUUCGGGAACCUGAAGACGCCGGAGAACAGGAGCGAUUCCGCUGACGCAGGCGGGGGCAAGAUGAGUGUGAAGGAAAUGCUGGCAAUGGCGACGACAAUGGACCAGGUCCGCGCGGCUAUCGCUGAGAGCCUCUCCGACAAGAUGCGCGGCGUGCUUCACAUUCCGCCGGAAGAGAACGUCAACGCGGCUGUUCCCCUCUUGGACCAAGGUAUUGACUCGCUCGGCGCCAUCACCGUCGCUUCGUGGUUCUCCAAACAACUCCUAGUCGACAUUCCCAUUCUACGCGUCCUUUCGGGCGCGUCGAUCGACGACCUAGCAGCCGAAGGCGCCUCUCGUCUUCACGCCACCGCCAUACCCCUAGUCGCCGACGCUCAGUGUGCUACAAACGCCUCCCCUGGCGACUCUUCCACCGAAACGUCCUCCGACGGCGCCUCGACCCCAAUGACUUCACCGGACGAAGAGAAAGAGACCGUCGACGGCGUGGUUCGAAAGGCUCCCAUGUCGCUGAUCCAGCAGUACUCGUACACGCGGCAGGCUUCCCUUCCCGACGUCACAAUUUCUCACAACACCAUCGGAGUGAUGAUGGAGGGCAAUCUCAAUAAAGACAAGCUCGCGCAGGCCGUGAUGGCAACCGUCGCACGCCACGAGAUCUUCCGAACAGCCUUCCGCCCCUCGGAGUCGGAAUCCUCCCCCACACCACUGCUGCACGUACUCUCCAUCCCAACCUGGGGCCUGCGCUCCGUCUCCGUCGCGUCCCGCGCCGAGGCAGAGGCCGAGCUGGCCAAGCUGCAAAGGGAGCCCUACGACUUGGAAAAAGGCGAGACAUUCAAGAUCGCCCUCUUCACCUGGUCCCCCACGUCCCACCUCCUCGUGCUUGCCUACCACCGCCUGGCCGGCGACGGCUCCACCACCGAGAACCUCGUCGCGGAGCUUUCCCAGCUCUACUCGGGCAUCACCCUCCCUCCUGCACCGCAGUACACCGACUAUGCGGUCAAACAACGUGCCCUACUCUCCUCGGGGGGGAUGGACGCGUCCAUCGCGUACUGGACGGGUCUCUACACGCCCCUGCCCGCACCGCUUUCCCUGCUCCCCCUGCCCAGCGCGAAGAGCGCCCGCGGGUUGGUGAGCUGGGACCAGCACACCGCCAUGUUCCGCUUGUCUGCCGUGCUUGCGUUCAGAAUCAAAGAGUGCACCAAGAAACUGCGCACGACGCCCAUGAUGUUCUAUCUUGCUGCGUACGCCGCGCUGCUUUUAGACCUUGCUAAGCAGGAGCAGGUGUCGAUCGGUCUGGCGGACACGAACCGCUCGUCCGUGGCCGACCUGUCCACCAUGGGCUACUUUGCAAACCUGCUGCCCCUGCGCCUCGUCUCCUCCGAUACAUUCACGGCCACCAUCGAGUCCGCCAAGGAGGCGGUGCGGCAGGCCAUGUCACACUCUGUCGUGCCGCACGACCUGGUCUCUUCUCGUCUGGGACUUGACAGCGUCUCACCGCAGGAGAUGACGCACGCGCCGCUCUUCCAGGCCGUCUUCGACUACCGUCAAGGAGCUGCUGAGUCCGGCACUAUCGGCGGUGCGAGUAUCGUCGAAGUGCUGGCGAGCCGGGAGCGCACGCCGUACGAUGUUGUGUUGGAGAUGAGCGAUGACCCGACCAAAGAUCCUCUUGUCACCGUCAAGCUACAGAGAAGCCUGUAUGGGAAGGGUGAUGCCGAGGUGUUGCUUCAAAAAUAUGUUGGGUUGUUGACGACUUUGAGCAAGGGAGAGGCUACGUAA